CGAAGGUCUCGGUCGUCGCGAGUUUUUAAAGUAAUCUGUAAGCUUGCUUCGCGUGCGACUUUUGAAACCGUUAAGACGCGUGUUGAACAUUGGUCAAACUACUAGCAAUGAUCUGGUCUUUGCGGCCACAGCCGUUCACCUCAGUGACAACUUGGAUAGUUUCAGCUCUAUGUAUUGCAUUCAUCACGCUCGCAAAAUCGCAAGGCAUUCAAACCAUCCCAACAACUGCUUAUGUAAAGUCACUUUCAAAAAAUGUUAAACUGCUAUGCCGGAGUGACAAACCAAUCGACUCUUGCAGUAUCAAAAUUCCCGGAUUCAUUGGCACUCAUGACAUCCACAAACUACCCGAUGGAGUCAACUACUAUGGGGAAAGCUUACCUCGAGGAGAUUGUGGUAUCGAAAUAGUGACUUUCAAAUCAACUAACGAAGGAAAAUUCUUUUGCAAUAUGACUAUUGGAGAAGAGCUAUUUAUAGCAACAAUCGAUAUUGUUAUACCGAUAACUCCAGAGCCAACCGAAAUUGAAUUGGGACGCAAUACAGAGAUUAAGCAGGGAGGAUUGGCUCCCAAUCAAACUCUGGCGGUAAAAUGCAUUUCGCAGGAUGCCAUUCCGCAGGCCAAUCUAACUUGGUUCCUUGAUGACCGUCCAAUGAAUACCAGUUUGCUGGCGCCCUUAGAAACAAGUAUAACGGUUGACAAAAAAGGAAGAAAAUUAACGACAGUGCAACAAGAGCUAAAAUAUUUUAUAACUGCUGCGGACUGCGGAAAGAAAAUUAUUUGCAAGGCGGAACACUUCGCUAUAAACAAAGGUUACUACCGAGCCUUUUUACCCCUCAAUAUUCGAAUUCCUCCUCAGCCAAAACCUCACAUAUACAUUGAGAACGGCUCUUAUGCGAUAGUAAAUGUUACAAUCAAAUCUAAUCCACGACCAAAAACUAGCUGGAAAGUCAAUGGUGUCACAAUUGACGAAGGUUUCACAGUUGGACCAUAUCAGGCCUACAUACCCAAAGAUAUGGACCACGGUGAUUAUUCAAUCCUGUUAAAAAUCAACGAACCAGCGAAGCAAACAGAGCUGAUCGAACUAAACGCAAGCAAUGAUCUCGGUUCACAAACCUACAUGAUUAAAGGAAGCGAGUACCAGGAAAAUGGCACCUCAUUUUGGCUAAUUAGCAUUUGGACUUUCUUCAGCUCUAUGAUAGUGACUUGUGUGUUACAAAACAUCUCAAUUAUUUAAACUGAACUUUACGCCUUAACGUUGUUAUUCUACUAAAUGGGAUCAUUCAGUACCUAAAUUGAGUCAUAUGACGAAUGGAAAUCCAUCGGAAAUAUCUUUAUUAAAUGACCCUUUGUAAAACAGUAUUGCUUCACAAUUAGAAUAACUAAAGGCUCGCCUUUUGGCUAAUUAGCAUUCGGACUCCAUCUAUGCAGUAGUUACUUGUACAUUACGGAAUAUUUCAAAUGUUUGAACUAAACUAUUAGCCUUAAAUUUGUUAUUCCGAUAAAAUGGACCAUUCAGUACCUAAAUUGUGUCCUGUGACUAAUAAAGUCAAGGGGAAAAUAUGAUUUCUGUAUUGAAUGAUCCUAUGUAAACAGUAUUCCUUCACAAUUAGAAUAACUAGAGGCUUGAAAAUUCUUUUUCGUUGAUUCGUUUGAUAAAGAAAUAAUUAGAAACUGGUGAUCAUUACAGGAUGGCUAUGCACAUGAUUAAAACUAUGUACUAUCAUGGACACACGAUGUAAAGCCGACUUUGAAGUUUAAGUGCCUAUUUAUUCAUCGAAACUGCAUUUAUUUAGAUAUACGGUAGUGUCAUUUAAGAAAUAUUUAACAACAACAAACGCAGAAGAUUCGUUGACGUUUCAUGAGAAAGGUACAAAUAAACGUUUUAAACGUUUCAGUUGAACAUGUGAA